AUGAAUUUAGAUGAGAUUGUUCAAAAUUAAACUAAAUAUACUAAUACUCUUUUAUAUUAUGAUAUAUUAUCUUAUUCUUCUAUAAAAUCUAAUAGUAUUUAUAAUAAAUAAUUUAGAUUUUUAAGACAUUCAACCCUAAUCUUAAUAAACUAAUAGUUAUUCAAUAAUAUAGAUAAAAUCUUUGAAAUAAUCAACACAUAGACCACAAAAAUCUAAAUAAAAAUAAAUGGUGAAAUUCAUCAAUUUCUAGAAACUUAAGAUCACUAAUAAUGAAUUAAAUUAAUAAUAAUUAGACGAUUAUUAAAACAUAGAUGGAAUAAGUAAAUUAAAUUAAAAGUUAGAGAAUGAUAAAAUAUUGUUGAAAUUAAAUUUUGAUGAAUUAACUGCAAAAAUGUAAUAAUUUAAUUAGAAAAUGAAAAAUUGUGAAAAUUAGAAAACUGAGAAUAUUUAGACAAUAUUUGUUGAUUUCAAAGUAAUAAAUGGGAUUUUAGAUUAUAUGAUUUUUAAUAGAAAAAAUAAAGUAAAAAAAACUUUGAUAAAUAUAAAAUAAAAAUACCAAUAAAAUUGA